AUGGAAGUGGUCAAUCUUGGAAAUGAAGAAGACGUAAAGGAAACUAGAAUCAGCAUUCACCUAGAAGCCGAGCAGAAGGAAAAACUGGUAGACCUGCUCCAACAGUACAUCGAUGUGUUUGCAUGGUCCUACAAUGACAUGCUGGGAUUAAGCACUGACACUGUCUCACAUCGACUGCCCACCGAUCCUACCAGACCGCCGGUCAAGCAGAAACCUAGAAAGUUCAAACCUAUUUUAAGUCUGAGGAUAAAGGAAGAAGUUACCAGACAGAUAGAGGUGAAUGUGCAUGACGAAACUGGAAGAAAGGAGCAGGUCAGCUACUACUUAAAUAUGAAGUUCACGCCAUACGAGGCCAAGUAUACUCUGAUAGAACGCAAUUGUUGUGCCCUGACUUGGAUUGCUCAGAAAUUAAGGCAUUACAUGUCAUCUGAUAUCUCGGCUCGACCCACUCAAACUAUCAAAGGAAUAGCUUUAGUCGACCACCUCACAAAAAAUCCAUUGGAUGGGGAUAACGAACUGCUUACCACGUAUUUCCCCGAUAAAGAAGUACUAUUUGCAGAAGAAGAUAUUGCAGAAUCAUACCCCGAAUGGAGGAUGUUUUUCGAUGAAGCAGAAAACUUCAAAGGAGUAGAAAUUGGGGCAGUCCUGAUUUCGGAAUCUGGACAGCAUUAUCCAGCAUCGGCAAAGAUAAGGUUCCCUUGUUCCAAUAAUAUGGUUGAAUAUGAACCCUUGGGAUCAAAAUGGCAGCCAACAUGA